GCUGGCACUUCCGCUGGGGGAGUGGGAGGUUGCUCCUGAAUUUUCUAUGGGAGAGGUGCGUCAGUUCCGCCUGUCCCGGAGCUUCCAAACUUCCUGAAUCUGUGCUUGGAACCUGCAGCGACAGGGCGACUUGGGGGGAAAGAAGCCUGAGCAGAGUACGCAGUUGGCUUCUUUCCAGCUUGUCCUGGUCCUGGUGGAAGAGCCUGGAGGGCAAAGCAGCCGCUGGUGGGAACCGAAACUAACCCCUCAAGCACCUGACUUCUCAGAAAGGGCUGCACAGAGGUGGAAGGAACGACUGCUUGGGUACUGACAGCAAAGUUCUACCUCUACACCCAGCGUGGGGCCUGAACUCACAGCCCCAAGAGGAAGAGUCGCACGCGCCAUCGUCUGAGCCAGGCCUCCGCCAGGUGCAGCUCUGCCUUCCUGGGAUCUGUGCAGCCCCGCACUCGGCACACCGCCCGAAGUGGGAGGACCCAGGACCAUGUUCAAGGAGGCAGUGACGUUCAAGGACGUGGCCGUGGUCUUCACGGAGGAGGAGCUGGGGCUGCUCGACUCUGCCCAGAGGGAGCUGUACGGAGACGUGAUGCUGGAGAAUUUCCGGAACCUGCUCUCACUGGGAGGAAAAAUCCAAAGUAAAAUGAAGACUGUUUUAGAAGCAGAACCACAUGAAGAGCUUUCCUGCUGGCAGAUCUGGCAACAGAUCGCAAGUGACUUAACCCGGUGUGAAGGCUCCGUGAUAAAGAGUUCCCAGCUCCCCAAACAAGGUGAUUCACCUGCACAGGCUGGGGCUGGACUGUCGAAAGCUCACACAGGUCAGAAACCCGAUCAGUGCAGCAAAUUUAAGAAAUAUUUCAGUGAUGUCUCCAACUUUGAUCUUCAUCAACAAAUACAGUCUGGAGUGAAGUCUCAUACGUGUCCUGAGUGUGGGAAAAGCUUCUGUUACAGCUCAGCACUUCAUAUUCAUCAGAGAGUCCACCUGGGAGAGAAGCGCUAUAAGUGUGAUGAGUGUGGGAAGGAAUUCAGUCAGAGCUCAUGCCUGCAGACUCAUCAGAAAGUCCACACUGUAGAGAAGCCAUUCAAAUGCGAGCAGUGUGGGAAUGGCUUCUGUCGUAGGUCAGCACUUAAUGUGCAUUAUAAAUUGCACAUGGAAGAGAAACCUUAUCGUUGUGACCAAUGUGGAAGGGCCUUCAUUCAUGCCUCCCAUCUUCAGGAGCAUCAGAGAAUCCACACUGGGGAGAAACCCUUCAAAUGUGAUAAAUGUGGUAAGAAGUUCCGUCGUCGAUCAUCACUUAAUAGUCAUUGUAUGGUCCACACGGGAGAAAAACUGUUCAAAUGUGAGGAGUGCGGGAAGUGUUUCUUCUGUAGCACAAAUCUUCACAUCCAUCAGAAGGGCCACACACGAGAGAAACCUUAUAAAUGUGAGGAGUGUGGGAAGGGCUUCAUUCAGCCUUCACAUUUUCGGGCCCAUCAGAGAAUCCACACUGGGGAGAAACCGUAUGUAUGUAAAGUGUGCGGUAAAGGCUUCACUAUGAGUUCAAAUCUCCAGGCACACCAGAGAGUCCACACAGGAGAGAAACCGUACAAGUGCGAUGAGUGUGGGAAGAACUUUGGGACGAAAACCCGUUAUCAGGUUCAUCUGGUGGUCCACACGGGAGAGCGGCCCUACAAAUGUGAGGUAUGCGGGAAGGACUUCAGUCAGAGAGCCUAUCUUCAGUCCCACCUGAAGACCCACAGCGUAGAGAAGCCUUACAAGUGUGAGGAGUGCGGGCAGGGCUUCAAUCAAAGUUCCCGACUUCAGAUUCACCAGCUGAUCCACACUGGAGAGAAACCCCACAAAUGUGAAGAGUGUGGGAAGGGAUUCAAUCGUAGAGCGGACCUCAAAAUUCACUGCAGAAUCCACACAGGAGAGAAACCAUUUAAUUGCGAGGAGUGUGGGAAAGUUUUCAGGCAGGCUGCAAAUCUUCUGGCCCAUCAGAGAAUCCACAGUGGAGAGAAACCUUUCAAAUGCACAGAGUGUGGGAAGAGCUUUGGUCGCAGUUCACACCUUCAGGCCCAUCAAAAGGUCCACACUGGAGAGAAGCCAUACAAGUGUGAGGAGUGUGGGAAGGGCUUCAAGUGGAGCUUGAAUCUUGACAUGCAUCAGAGGGUCCACACAGGGGAGAAACCCUACAAGUGUGGGGAGUGUGGGAAGCACUUCAGUCAGGCCUCAAGUCUUAAGGUUCAUCAGAGUGUCCACAGCGAGGAGAAGCCGUACAAAUGUGAUGUGUGCACCAAGGUCUUCCGCCACUCUUCACAGCUACAGUCUCACCAGAGAGUCCACACAGGGGAGACACCUUACAAGUGUGAGACCUGUGGUCAGAGCUUCCGUUGGCGAUCCAAACUGUCACAUCAUCGCAAAACUCAUGGUGGCAGUACAGUUUAUGAAAGUAGCAAGAGUGGUAAGAAUGUGAAGGAAUUGUCUGCAGAAAGAAGUUCUCCAAAAUGACGUUCUAUGAAAAGCUGAAUUCUUAUCAUCGAUUCUCAUGAGAGAGAAAAGACUUGUUUUAGUUUAGUUGAUAUUUGAGCAAUAAUUAAACCUAUCUCCAUUCUCACCAGAUCACACAGUGGAGAACCCUUAGGUGGUGUGAUACAUCUUUGUUCAGAAGCACUUAGGUAGUACUUAGGGAAAGAAUUUGGUCUGGCCUUUAAUGCGCGUAUAAUGGUGAGUGUACCAGAAUUCAUACUCAACAGAAUAUAAGCUGCCUGAGGGCGGGGACUUUGCUGCUAAAUCUACAUGGCCCUCAAAGCUGGAGGCAUCGUAAUUCUGGACUUCAAGUUGUAUUACAAAACUGUAGCAAACAAUAGUAUCAUAGUGGCACACAAAUAGAUAGGUCACUACAACAGAAUAGAAAACCCAGAAACAAAUCCACAAAUAUAUGGUCAAUUAAUCGACAGCAGAGCAGGAAAGAAUACCC